GGUCAGGGGUCUGGAGCAAAUUUGUGGGCGGUCGAGGCCGUGAGGAUGCUGGACUACGAGGAGAGGACGGCGUUCCUUGGGGAGUGGGGAACCUUCCAGAAGAUGGUCUUCUUCCUCCUCAGCCUCUGCAGCAUACCCAACGGCUACGUUGGCAUGGCGCUGGUGUUCCUCGCGGACAUCCCCCCCUACCGCUGCCGGGUCCCAGGGCUGAACAGCAGCAGCUUCAGCCUGGACCUCAACCUAUCGUUCCCCCUGGAGGAGGUGAGGGGGGAGGUGGUCCUCAGUCGCUGCCUGAGGUACAGAGACCCUCCGGGUCCCAACGGCAACGAGACCGAGGGAUGUCUGGACGGCUGGGAGUUCAACACAGAGAGAUACACCUCCACCAUCGUGACUGAGUGGAACCUGGUGUGUGACGAUGACUGGAAGGCUCCCUUCACCGCCACCAUCUAUUUUGUAGGUGUUCUCUGCGGCGCCUUCCUGUCAGGGAUUGUCUCAGACAGGUUCGGGCGCAGGUUGGUCCUCUUUGGCACCUUGGCAAUGCAGACAGUGUUCACUCUCCUCCAAGCAGCCUCUACCAGCUGGGAAAUGUUCUGCUUUUUCUACUUCAUUGUGGGGAUGAGCGAGACAGCCAACUACAAUGCUGCCUUUAUACUGGGCUCUGAGCUCCUAACUAAAUCAGUCCGCGUCAACUUUGGUGCCCUGGGGGUAAGUUUCAGCUAUGCCUUGGGCUACACCGUGCUGCCCCUGGCGGCCUACUGUUUCAGGAGCUGGAGGCUCCUCCUGGUUGUCCUCGCCAUCCCUGGCUUCCUCUACAUCCCUCUCUGGUGGUACAUUCCAGAGUCUCCUCGCUGGCUAUUGGCCCAGGGCAGACUGAAGGAGGCGGAGUCUAUCAUCAAAGCUGCUGCCAAGAUGAAUGGUCUUAUGGCUCCUAAUGUCAUCUUCACCGAAGACAUCACUGCUGAACUCAUGGAAAACCGAACCAAGGAGAGCCCACGCCUGUACACCUGGAUGGACCUGUUCAGAACCAGGAACAUACGCAACAUCACCAUCAUUAACAUCCUCAUCUGGUUCAUCAUCUCCAUGACAUAUUAUGGGAUGUCCCUGAACACGCCCAAUAUGGACGGAGACCCCUACUUCAACUGCUUGGUUGCGGCGGCCACAGAGUUCCUGGCUUAUGGCAGCGUCUGGUUCUUGAUCCGCUACACCCCCCGACGCUUCACCCUCCCCUUCACCCUGCUGCUGUCUGGAGGCCUGCUGCUCUUCAUCAAGCUCAUACCUGAUGAACUGAGCGGCCUGACCCUAACCCUGGUGAUGGUGGGGAAGACGGGUGUGACGGGGGCGUUUUGCUUCCUGUUCCUGUACACAAUGGAGCUCUUCCCCACCGUGGUGAGAAACAUGGCCCUGGGAGCCACCUCCAUGGCAUCGCAUCUGGGCAGCACCGUCUCCCCAUACAUCGCCUUCAUGGGUACAUACAACAAGUUCCUACCUUUUAUCUUGAUGGGUGGAGCCACGGUCAUGAUUGGGUUGUUGAGCUUGUGGCUACCUGAAAACAAAGGUGAAGAACUUCCAGAAUUCAUCCAUCAGGUGAAACCGCUUCAAAGGGUGUGUUUACGGCAACAGGGUAAAGAAAGUACACAUGACCGGAAGAAGGGAACAACCUCUGUGGAGGUCUGAAGACUCCGAACCCUGAUCCCUGACUAUACGUUGUGUCAGAUGACUUUUACUGUGAAAAGACCAGUCUGUGAGCAGGAGGAACAGGGUCCUCUUAGUCCUCCUUGUUUGGUACAGUCUUGAUUGAAACACCUUAUGAAGUCUGCCUAUGCAUUGAGAGAUAUUUAAUGUAUAUGAUGUUGCAGUUGUGUAUGACAUGUUUCCUAAUGUAUUCGUUUUAAAAUUGUGUACAAUAAACAGACACAGAAAUUACACAGAAAUGUCAAAUAAAAGUCCAUAAUCCAAAAAUG